AUGGCCGGCGAGACGGGCACCAUCUCGGUCUCCCAGGUCCAGGCGAUGGUCAUGAUCGCCUUCGCCGCGACCGCGUACUACAACACCAUCGAGAUCUUCUUCUCCAUCUUCACCACGUUCAAGCGCCGGCGGGGCAGGUACUUCUGGAGCAUGAUCGUCGCCAACGCGGGCAUCAACGUCAACGUCAUCGCCUUCGUCCUGCGCUACUUCGGCUACUACCGCGAGGCCGUCUUCGCCUCCAGCAUCAUCAUCCCGCUGGCCUGGUACUCCAUGGUGACGGGCCAGGCCAUCGUCCUGUGGUCGCGCCUCCACCUCGUCGUCCACAGCCAGCGCCAGAUCCGCCUGGUGCUGGCCAUGAUCGUCUUCAACGCCGUCACGAUGCACAUCCCCGAGACCGUCAUCUUCUUCCUCGCCAACAAUGUCGGCAAGCAGUGGGCCGGGCCCUUCAAGAUCUACGAAAAGGUCGAGCUGGUCGUCUUCACCGUCCAGGAGACCGUCAUCGCCGCCUUCUUCCUCUACCAGGGCUACAAGAGCCUCAAGCCGCUGAGCGCCAUCCGGCCCAAGGCCGUCACCAACAUGGUCCGCCACCUGGCCGCCCUCCUCACCGUCGUCUUCGUCCUCGACACGGGCCUCAUCAUCCUCGAGUACAGCGACAAGUUCGAGAUCCAGACCAUGUGCAAGCCCUUUGUCUACAGCGUCAAGCUCAAGGUCGAGUUCGUCGUCCUCAACAAGCUGCUGGCCUUCACCCGCAUGAGCACCUGCAACUGCCGGGGCCCGGAGAGCAUCCCCUCGGCCACGCUGGCCCUCGCCGGCGGCAGCGGCAACAGCAACAGCAACAACCGCACGACGGCGCCGGGGCCGCGGGGGAACAAGAAUGGCAACCCGGCCGAGCUGGCGCUCCCGGACGUCGAGCAGACGGGCGGGUCGCUGUCGCCCAUCUGGCAGUCCAUCCAGAGCGACCGCAUCUUCGACGGGCGGACGUCCCCGACGAGCACGCGCAGCCGGCGCCGGGCGAAGGAGAACGGGGGGUUUGAAAUCACGACGACGGAGGCCACCUCGCCCCUCUCGCCGCCGCCACAGAUGAAGACCAUCAAAGACGAUGGCUGA